AUGGCAAUUGCACAAGAUGGCAAUAAAAACAUUCUUCCAAUUGCAUUUGCCAUUGUGGAAGGAGAGACGUUAGAUGCAUGGCGUUUCUUCUUAGAGCAUCUACGAGCAGACGUGACACCACAAGAAGGCAUAUGUUUUAUUUCUGACCGUCACCAAUCUAUCAAAGGAGCAUUUAGAGCAAUUGGCCGUCAGAUGAAUCCUCCUCACGCCUAUCAUGUUUAUUGUAUUAGACAUAUAUCUGCGAACUUCAUGCGUCGUUUCAAAAAUAAAGAAAUGCAACGAAUAGUUGUUAACAUUGGGUACUCAAAAACAUCUCAUGAUUUUAACUAUUGGUAUGACGUACUUCGAGACUUUGACAUAGAGGCAACGAGGUGGUUAGAUAACAUACCGCGGGAGAAGUGGGCUCAAUCAUUUGACAUCGAAGAUCGAAGGAAAGGUGUACAUGCACACGCUCAAAUUGCAUCAGGUCAAAUAUUCUCGGAAGUGCUAAUGAAGACAAUUCAGGAAAAUCAACAAACAGCAUGUAGCAUUUAUGUUCGUCAAUUUGAUCGUGAAGAAAAUUCUUUUAUGGUAGAUGAAAUGGCACCACCUCAAUGCGGUAGUAUAGCUAGUAGUUACCGCAUUGAUUUGAGAAAACGAUGGUGUGAUUGCGGUGAGUUUCAAACACUUCAUUUUCUUUGUCGCCAUGUCCUUGCAGCGUGUGCAUAUAUUCAUCUACAUUGGCAAGCAUAUGUAGAUAAUGUUUAUAGGCUUCAGACAAUUUUUAAUGUAUACCAUAAAGAGUUUCAGCCAAUGUCAAAUGAGAGAUACUGGAACCCCUAUAAUGGUCCACGUUUAUAUCCUGAUCUUACAAUGCGAAGACCAGCUUCAGGACGUCCAAAAUCCAGUAGAAUUCGUAAUGAAAUGGACAUAAGAGAAGGCGGUCAACCAAAGCGUUGUGGUUUAUGUCGCAAUGAAGGUCAUAAUCGUCGAAAUUGUUCGAAUGCCGCUGGUCCAAGUAGUAUGCCAUAA